UCUAAACUGAGCUUUUAAAAGUGCAAAACAAACACAAACCUACUUUGAAGCCCAAAGUGCAACGUACUUUGCAAAAACCCUAAACCCUCUCUUUCUCUCUCCGCGACUCUGUACUCAUCAAUGGCGACGCAAUCGUUAGACGAAGAAACAACUAAGAAAGUCAUACGACAGGUCGAGUUUUAUUUCGGCGACAGCAACCUUCUCACCGAUGGUUUCAUGAGGAAGAGUAUCACUGAAAGCGAAGAUGGCAUGAUUAGUUUGGCGCUGAUUUGCUCGUUUAAUCGAAUGCGAAAACACCUUAAUUUGGGUGAUGUUAAGCCCGAUGAAGUGGCCCAAGAAACCGUGAAUACUGUUGCUCAAACUUUGAGAAAUUCGGCUUCACUCAAGGUCUCCGAAGAUGGGAAAAAAGUUGGCAGGAAAACUGAACUUCCAAAGCUAGAAGAUGUUGAGCAGGUGGAGAUAAGAACACUUGCUGUAUCACCAUUUGAAUAUGAUCUGAAGCUUGAAGAUGUGGAGAAAUUUUUUGGUCAAUAUGCAAAGGUUAAUAGUGUCCGGCUUCCCCAUCAUGUUGGAGACAAAAAGUUGUUCUGUGGCACUGCUCUUGUAGAAUUCUCUUCAGAGGAAGAAGUAGAAAAGGUUAUGAAGGAAAAAAUGGUAUAUGCUGGGGCUGAGUUAGAAUUAAAACCAAAGAAGGACUUUGAUGCAGAGAGAGAAAAAGAAUUAGAAGAUUAUAAAAAAUCUCGUCCACCUGUGGGUUCAAAUCACCAGAAUAGCUCAAAUGUAGAAGAAGACUACCCUAAAGGCUUAAUUAUUGCCUUCAAAUUAAAGAGCAUUUCAGAAGAAAUUCCGUCUGAACAAAAUGGUGUUGAUCAACAAGCCAAGGACAAUAGUGUUGUCUCCAAAACAGAUGAAAACCCCCGCUCUGAAAUUACUUCUGGGGAAAAUGAUCAAAAGGUAACAGAAAAUGUUGGUGUUGAUGAAGAAAAAAAUGAGAUGAAAGAAGCAAAGGAAACUGUAAAUGAAGAGGACAAUGAGAUGAAAGAAGCAGAAGAAACUGAAAGUGAAGACAACACUGACAUGAAAGAAGCAAAGGGAACUGAAAGUGAAGACAACAAUGGGAUGAAAGAAGGAAAGGUAACCAAAGAUGAAGAAAAGAAACAACAAGCUGGUGAAAAAUUUUCUGCCGCUGCUUACAAGGACAACAUGGAUGUUGUCUCACGUGAGGAUUUGAAGAGUGUCUUUGAGAAAUUUGGUACCGUGAAGUACAUUGAUUUCAAGAUUGGAGCAGAGUCAGGAUACAUCCGCUUUGAAGAAACUGAAGCUGCUCAGAAAGCUCGUGCUGCUGCAGUUAUUUCAGAAAAGGAUGGCUUGGUUGUAAAGAAUUAUAUUGCUAUUCUAGAUCCAGUGACUGGUGAGGCCGAAAAAGAAUACUGGAGCCUGCUUCGUGGUAAUCAAGGCAAACACCGAGAAUUCAAGAAUAAGCAAGGAAGGGGAGGAUGGCAUGGGAGAGGGGGCAAACAUGCACGCUCUAGAGAUAAUGGGUCUAGAGAUCGCCGAAAUAAGGCUCAGAAAGUUGGUGGUGCAUAAUGUUGGGUUGGUUAGAUACAGCAGUUUUGAGAUCAACUUGCCUGAUGUAUUCUCCGCUAAUAUAUACUCAAGUUUUGAUUUUAUGGUUCGGCUGUAACAUGGCACAUUAUCAUUACUUGCAAUAUUUCUUUAUAAUUUAUCGCUUCCAUAUAUUUCUCUCUA